GUUUUAUUACCAGUGUUCGGCUAUUUUGGAUAUAUUUGGAUAUUCUGUGCAGAAAAUAUGCCUCCAAAAGGUGAAUUUUUGUGUAUUUGCCGUGGAUGCUCGUCCAAAACAGGUAAAGGGACAAGUCUUUUUACAAUACCCAAGGACUUCAUUAGGGCUGAAGUGUGGUUAAAAGCAGCAAAUCGAGAAGAUUUGCUUGAAAAAAGUGUGGAAGAACUACACAAAAAUUAUAGACUGUGCGAAUAUCAUUUUGAAGCAAAAUGUCCAAGUGGAAUAUUUGAUUUUAAUUUGGACAAGACAAAAAUUACACCCUCUUUACUGGCACCACCAGAUGCAACACAAACAACUGUUAAUUUGAGUCCUAUUCCUGGAAAUGUAGGUGGUGAUUUCAAAGAAGAGUUGAUGCCAACUAGGCUCAAGUGGUGUUCUCAACCUUACAAUGGUUGA